AUGGCGGCGAAGGCCGCUGAAGCCCGUCCUCCACGGCUGCGGGUUGGCAUGAACAUGGUCGCGCAGACAAUGGCGAAGGAGGAAGAUGUUGCCCGGCUUCACGCACGUUACUGCGAGGAAGCGCGGGCUGAAACACUUCGCUUGCGGCAAAGGGCUCACGAUCUUGAAGAGGAGACCGAGGUGAAGCUACAGGCAACGGCGCAGCAAGCCCGCGACGAGGCGCAGGAGGCUCACUUGCGGCGCAUCUUGGGAGAGGCAGGAGCUGUGCGCAUCUCUGCGUCAGGCGCUGCAGCGGAGAAGUGA